CUCCGCCCUGCUCCUCAUCCACAGAUACAGCCUCUCGUGCUUGAAACGUGAUUGUUCAUUUCCUGUGAUCCUGAUCCAGUGCUUCAAUAGCAUCUGCGUACGACAGUACACUUCCUAUGAGGGCUAGGGAUCGUCCAUGCUUUCUAUACAGAGUAUAUCGUACCUGUUUCAUCAAGCAUGCCCGACACCCGGGCACCCUCUGCUUCUCUUCGGGGCACCGUUUCCGGCCUACAACGGUACCGUUAAACUUUUCCGGGACAUCAACAUGUGGAGUAUUACUUGAGGAAGUCCACCGGGGAAUGAUGGAUCAAGGCAAUGUGUUCUGCCUUGCCUAAAAUACCUGAAACGUAAGGUGUUUGACUCCCAGGACGCUUCGGCUACAGGGUUACUCAGCCUCCCAAAACGGACCGGUAACACACGAGCCUCCGAUAUAGGUAAGGCAGAUACGGAGCAGUUCUCAUGUCUUUGAGGAUAUGUACGGUCCCAUUUACCCAGUGUGGUACCCAUAUGUUUCUUCUACACAUUUGCACAAACGGCGCACUGGCAGUUCAAGUUCUUUAUUUGUUUCUUCAUUCCAGCGUUUUCAGCGUGUUCCAUUCAGGUGUGUCGUUUUCCAUCCUUGGAAAUCGUCGUUGUCAUUUACAGCCGUUGGAGCAACAAUAUGUGUCGACUAGAAAGCACGCUGCUGCUCUGGACUGCCUUUGGUGUCGGGGAUUGUAUUGCCGGUCUACCAGGACGCAGACCUCCCAGGCCACUGAAAGGCGGAGUCAGUGAUAUAUUCGGGAUUCCAACUGCUCUGCCGGUACCAGGGGGCAGUGGGAACACUGUCACGGCCUCUCCGUCUCUGUCACUAGGCAUACUCUCUGAGCCUGGUACAACUGAGGCUUCAGCUCUGUCGACUGGCAACAUACAAACAGAUACCUUAACUACUCCUGGGCUGUCGAUCAUCUCAUCCGCAACCAUGACAGCAGAGUCGGAACAACAAACAGCCUCUGGGACAGCAGCUCCGCCAUCCUCGGCGGGUUCCCCAGGCUCUGCUUCAUUGGCUGGUACUGUCACAGCAAGUCAAGCUGGACAGUCAGUUGUGGCAGCCACACUGUCAACUUCAGGAGGGGCAAGUAUUUCUAUCGUUCCAACAGCAACAGACAGCGGCAGCGGCAGCAGCAGUCUGCCGAGCUCUUCUCGUUCAGGUGGUGGCUCCAGUUCAGGCUCUGUGUCAGGUUCAGGCUCAACGUCCGGACCAGGACCAGGAUCUGGAUCUGGAUCAGGUUCCGGAACAGGCUCCAAGCCAUCAACCGCUGAAACAAGUUCAUCCAGCGGUCUGUCCCCAGGAGAAAUCGCGGUAUCGGUUAUUCUCCCGAUUGUCGCCUUGAUUGCUAUUCUCUUUCUUUGCUUCCGCUACAUGACACCUCUACGCAAGCGAUUCACAAGCUGGCGCCAAGAGCGACUAGAACGACGCACAUACAGAAGAGCGCUGGACGAUCCUGUGCUUUCUUUCGGGGUGCGUGAAAAGGGAUUGGGGUUGGGGUUGGGAGAUGUAGAGCAGUUGGCGCGUCCGCUAUCCUUUGGCUUCCAAAGGCCUCAGCCUCAGCGCCAAGGUACCGUUCUUCGAGAGCCUUUGGGCUGGGAUGGAUCUCGUCUGGUUAGGGGUUCGGACAGGAUAUCUGCAAUCGGCAUGGCUGUCCCCAUGGGUAGCGACCAUAGGAGGACAGAAAGCGAGAGCUCAGACGAGAGCUUGGGGGAAGAGGCACGAUUAAACCAGAGCCGCCCGUGAAGGAGGUCCUCCAACUAACUCCUUUAUCGAGCAUAUAGAUAUUGAGAAAAGACCUUUUUUUUUGUUUCUCGCCGCAAGGAACUCGAGUGCAGCAUUAAUGGC